UUUUCUUCCCUUCAAACAUCACCAUUUCAUCAUUCUGCAUUGUACUUCUCAGAAUCAAGAGCUUUGAAUCAGRAAGAAAUGAAGCGUUCACUCAUGUUCAUCGCUUUCCUGGGAGUGGCAUUUCUUUGUCAGGACGUUGUAGGACGAUACAUUGACGACGAGGUUGAUGAGGAUCAGGACUGGGAAGUUCCGCUGAACAGGCAGAAAAGAAAUCUUUGGCAAUUCAAAAACAUGAUUAAAUGUGCUACUGACAGGAGCGCUUGGGACUACAACGGCUACGGAAAUUGGUGCGGAGCUGGAGGCAGUGGAACUCCUGUUGAUGGAGUGGAUAGAUGCUGUAAAGCCCACGAUCAGUGCUACGACAGAAACCAAAAAUGUAACCCAAAAUGGAAUUCCUACAAAUACUCAAGAUCUGGAAAGGGUGCCAGUUGCCGCAUCACAUGUCAUAACUAUCCCAAAAACGACCGUUGUGAGUUGAAUGUUUGCUACUGCGACAAGAUCGCUGCAGAGUGCUUUAGACGACACCCUUACAACAAAAAACACAAGAAUUGAAAUGACUACACAUGCCAGAAAUACAUGGAUAUAGAAACAUAGAGAACUCGUGUUAAAUGAAUAAAGAAGCAUUAGAAAAUGAA